AGGUAUUCUCCGUCGCGAACCUUGCAUCUUUUGUUUUUCUUCCCCCUCCGCAGUCAACUGCCGAUCCAACUACCCAACUCAAGGGGGGAAGAACUUUCGGGGAGAAGGAGAAGAGGAAGAAAAGAAGAAGAAGAUGGCGGCAGGUCUGCUCUCGCUAAUCGGAGGAGCCCGGCGGGCACUGGCCGGCAGCGCGCGGGCGUCGGAGCUGUUCCCGCAGACGCAGCCGGACGUCGACGGCGAGGCGUGCAAGCACGACUGCGACAGCUGCACUGUCAAGUACCCGCGGCACUUCAAGGUCGAGGAGUCGCACCCGCUGUACGGCAAUAUCAAGCCCUGGAGCACGCACGUCAUCGUCGCGACUAGCAAGUCGGAUUGGAAGAGGGAUGUCGAGGAUGAGAAGGGCAGUGUUAUGGAGGCGUUUGGUCAUGCUAGUAAGCCUGGUAAUGGGCGCCUGAUGCUCUCUGCCUCUAACAUGCCCACGUCGACGCACCAGGCCGACUACUCGCAACCAACAUCCAUCUUGGUUCUUCCCGCUUUCACCAUCAUCGACAAUGUGACGCCCCCCGCCGUGCCUUCUCUCGUCAACAAGUACAUCUCACGCGCGCCCACAACCACAGACCCUCUGGACCCGCUAUCCCUCCCCAAAACCAUCCCGUCGUCCCGCUCCGCCGUCGGCGACAUGCACGCGCGCCCGUGCCCCCACCGCGCCGUCGUUCUCCUAUGCUCGCACCGCACGCGCGACGCCCGUUGCGGUCAGAGCGCCCCGCUCAUCAAGAAGGAGCUUGAGCGGCACUUGCGCCCGCUAGGCCUGGAGCGCGAUCUCGACGACGAGAGGCCGGGUGGUGUGGGUAUUUAUUUCGUGAACCACGUCGGCGGCCACAAGUACUCAGCCAAUGUCCUUAUUUACCGCCGCCCAGACGCCUUCGGCCUCGAUAAGGUAGAUCGAGGAAAACUGCCCCCGGGCCAGGAGCCGCAGGUCAAGGUGGUGAAGCCGGUGCCUGCGGAGGAUGGAGAGGAAGCUGGGGAGCCGGAUGUAGGAGCUGGCCAGUGUAUCUGGCUUGCGCGGGUGCGUCCUGAGGACUGCGAGAACUUGGUCCGGUAUACGAUUCUGCAGGGUAAGGUGGUCAAGCCGGACAAGCAACUGCGGGGUGGAUUUGAUCGGAGUACGGGGAUGAUAAGCUGGUAGAUUCUUAGGGAACAGGUAUCGGCAUCCUAGACAGAACGUGAAUUCGGCGCGGUUUCUAGAGCAGAAAUGCGGGGGUUGCAUACCCACCAUCCAGCAUCGCUAUGAAGUAUAGAUAGAUACUAGUUAUGACUUAUGUGGUGGGCCGGCGCGGCGGUUUCUUUUACAUGUGUACCUUACACGCGGAUCUUAGAGGGUCGGUGGAGUAAUGGUCACGGUGAUGAUAAUGGACGUAAUAAUGCGAGUUUAUAGAGACGAUAAAGCUGAUGUUUCUGGUGUUGCUUUUUUACGUUGUGGUCUUAUAUAUAAGAUACUUUAAUAAUGAAUAGACGGAAUGAGAUGAGAUGAGAUGAGAUAGGAGACAAUGGCCGGAUGGGACAGACAAAUCAGCUCAAUAGAAUGACUAUCAUAUACCAUC